GCUUCGCGGCAGUUUACCGAACUCCCAGAAGAAGUGGCGUCUGAAACCUCAACUGAUUCAAUCAAUAAGGGUUUGGACAAGCACAGAAAUUUACUAGAAAAGGAUUAACAUAGUCUCCAGGACUUUUAUCCUAAACCAAUACAUCUGAAUCUGAAAUUGGAAUGCACACAAUUUGAAUUUGGACGGCACACUUGUUGACGGGAGCUUAUUGUGCUUUAGGAUACACGAGAUUUCCAGUUGGACAUUGCUUCUUGUCAACGUGCAUGCCAUUUUUUCUUUUUACACCUAAACUAACUUGGACCCGUUCAGUUUUAUCGGUUAUGGGAGAUCAGUUGAUUUCAAGUUGAAACUACUUUCUCUUUUUUCUGAAAUCAAAACCCGAUGUUAAGUGCUAAACUACGACUUCUACGUGGCUUGGCUCCUGUUAGCUUUGAUGAUUCAAUCCUUUACUGUUCUACUCUACCGAAUAAUAAUAAAUGUGAAGCAUCAAAAAGUGCUCAGCCAAGUUAUGUUAACUUGGGAAAAUCUUUCCCUCAACAUUUCCAACAGUCUCAGUUACAUGAAGUGUAUCUGCCUACAUUUUCAUCGACUGUUGGAAAAUCAGCUGUAAAUCAUUUUGUUACAUCGAAUGGUCCUACAGUUGUGAGUAAUCCUACUAAUAAGUGUGUAGAGAAGAAAAAUCAAAGUUGUCAAACUGAAUCACUAGAAUCUGAAGUAUGUAUUGAAAGUCUUUCAACGACUAUAUCACAAAUUUUUCACAAAUUGAACCGUCAUGAACUGAAAAACAUGUCGAAUUGUGAACGAACACAAUUUCCUAAAUUAUGGUUAGAUUUAAGCGAGCUGAACUACUCACCAGCUCAGUAUAAUCUAGGCGUUUGGUAUGAAAUACAAGCAUCAAAGUGUCUACCAUUGCAUGACAAUUUAAAACGACAUUAUACUAAUCAAGCAAGUUAUUGGUAUAGGUGUGCAGUGAGAAAAGAUUCUCAUCCAUUGGCUGCGUAUAAUUUAGCCUGUUUAAUGCUAAAUUCACACCAAUCGGCUUUUAUUACUAUUGACUGUACAGAUAAACGGAAGGGGGAGGAGCAGGAGGAGGAGAAGGAGGACUACACGGUUAUCGAUCUAAUGAAACUUGCUGCUGAUGGUAAUGUGAAACAGGCGAAGAAAUACUUGUCUAAACACACACUGUAAUGUUGUAGAGAUGCGUAAUCCACUCUAAGUAGAGUUAUACAACCCUAUUUAUUACACAACCCCCUUUCAAGUGCAACUCUUAUCCUCCCUUGUGUAUAAUUAGUAUAAUUUGGUUAUAUUUUAGCUGACUUGAAGAUCAUUUUUAGCUCUGAUGACCAUUUUCAAUCUUUCAAGAAGCAUUUAUACAUAGUUCCUUCAAUAAAAUACAAACAAACGGAGCAUUUCAUGACAAAAAACACAUCCCGGUUGUUUAAAAAACUUAGUUUUGAUAUGUUUAUUAUUAUUAUUAUUAUUAUCACUACCGAUAUAUUAUACUACUUUUGAACUUAAAUAAACCUUUAUCCCAUAA